AUGGCAUUUUUUCAAUUGCUUCUUAAAGCUAGAAAAGUUGAAAAAGCUAGGUUAAGCUAUGAGGAUGAGAAAUUGAGAUCGAUUGAGAUCUUCGAAGGUGUCAAGCCACGUUUCACUUUGAAGCAGCGCCUCCGACGAAAGAGAUUAAAAUGCAGAAAGAGGGUUAAAAAUUUCUGGAACCGCAUAAUUUCUCCCUUAAAAUAUACUUGGCUUCAUAAAAAAGUGAAGCUUCUUCGCACGGAUGGCACGCUCGAGAAUUAUAUUCUGAAGAGUUUAUUCGGGUUUUUGGGCGGUAUAUUUCUCACAUAUAUGUUCUUCGUAUUUUUCGUGAUUCAAUUGAACUUCACCCUUACGUCUGCCACGAUGUUAUGCUCGGUUCUUGGAAUGAUUCUCACGCUCGGAUUGGCAUUUUCUUACCGCGCGAGGUGUUAUGUAUUCUUACUGCUGCCGCAAUUUUUUUCUAAACGUGGCAGACAGGCCUUGAUGGCCUAUGCCUUUAUUCUAACUAUUACCGGACCGGGAAAGAAUACCUUGCACAAUACCAGUGUCCUUUCGGAGUCUUUAAUCUGUGGACAGGAGCAGUUAAAGCAAGUCUUAAAAAAUGUAAUUGACUUAAUAAAAGAGCCAUUCUACGCUCUGAAAGACGCGAUAUCGAAAGUAAUAAAAACAGUGAAGAUGGUUGUAAAGAAGAUUCAGCGAACUCUUGUGGCUAUCAAACGACUCGUGCUUAGUAUACUGAGAGUGAUCACGUCGGUUUUUCAAUGGCUUGGCAGCAUCGUGAAUAUCUGCAACAAGAAACUGGGUACGCCGUUCGACAGGUGUCAGAGAGUUUUCGAUGGCGCGGUGACUGACUGCAAGGCGAAGCUUGGCCCUCUUUUCGAAUGGGUAUGCAAUUUGACGUACAUCGUGGGCGCCUUGUGUUACAUAGUGAAACCUUUAGACUUCAUUUGCAUGCUCGUCUCUUACAUUGCCGAUACUAUAGUUGAUGCUGUACGCAAAAAAAUCAAGAAGUUCACUCGCCAUAUAAAAGCGAUGUUUUACGUCAAAGUGAAAUUUUCGCAUUCUUUCCAUUUUGAAACGAAUCAAAGUAAAACUAUCGAAGAUAUAUCGACUGCUAUAAUCACUGAGGUGCGAUCGAGGACCGAUAAAUUUUUGGCUGCUUUUGAUUGGAUGAGUUUUAUGGCCAGCUUUUUUAUUUUGUUCAUGCUACUGAGAAUUAUACAUUAUCGGCACAAAUGGUUAACGAACGAUCGUUUCGAUAAUCGAUAUCUGACUGAUGAUCUGCGCACUAUCGAUUUGAUAAGAACGCGUCAGGAAAAGGAAACCAUAUUACCGUUAAACCGUCGCGAAAGAAAUCAAUAUAUUCCAUUAACGUCCAUCACGUUGAUUAGGGUAGAGAAAGUAAAACUCGCCAAAUCCGCAGUCUUCUUGUGCAUAACAACAUUUAAAAUCUGUAUCCACAUGAUGGCGGAUUACAGUCUUUAUUGGAUCCUUAGCACUAUUAGGUUUCAUGGACGGAUCGAAGCAAAGGUCCAACGACCCAAUUCUGUAGGCGUCUAUGUGUCUGGUAACGGCUAUCUUGCCAACCUUUAUCGAAGUAUCGUGAAAGCCUUCACGCCGCACGCAAAGGAUAUGGAGAUCGAUACGAUGCCCUGCCUUCCAGAUCCCAUCCCUCCCGAUCUAGAUAGAUAUACGCAGAUUAUGACGCUGAUCGGUUUCUGUUGGAUCAUGGCGAUAUUCGAACCAUACGGAUUGAGAUUGCGGCACGUUGUGAUGUGCAAAUAUUAUCCGGAAAGAGCCAAACAAAGAGCCGCUUGGUUGUACAAUCAUAUAAUCAGAUCGAGAGGAAGUUUUCUGAAAAUUGCACGGCGCCAGUUGCGCCGCAAGUUCGGCAUGACCGAGGGAGAGAGAAUAGAGAGGGUCACGUUCAGAGAGCGAUGCCUGGCGAUCUGCCCUUUCCUGAACAAGUUAUUCCCUCGAAAGGAGAAUAUGUGUCUUCUGUGCGGUGCCGUGGAACGUCCCGAUCAGGAACCGCACAUUAAAUGCGCCACACCUGAUUGCGUCGGUUUGUUCUGCAUUCAAUGCUUCGCGGACUUGCAGAAUCUCUGCACGAUUUGUCGAUCGCCCAUCGAGUACGGCGAUUUGUCGGACAUGAGCGAAGAAAGAGAUUCAUCGGAUGAUCAACUGAUAGCAAAGAAGGAACCAGUACCGAUAGGUAUCGAUAAAGAAGAGGAACCAAUUAUAAAAGAAAAACCUAAAGAAGAAAUACCAGAAGAAAGAAUAGAAGAAAAAUUGCCAGAAGAAGAAAUACCGGAAGAAAGACUGCCAGAAGAAAAAAUAAUACCGGAAGAAAGACUUCCAGAAAGAGAAAUAAUACCGGAAGAAAAAAUAAUACCGGAAGAAAAACUACCGGAAGAAAUACCUCUAGAAAGAAUAAUAGAAGAAAGAAUUUCAGAGUCGAUCUAUAGUUAUACUUAUCAGGAAAGAUCAUCACGAGAGAUCGAAAUUGAGCGUCGAAAAACGCCUUUCAAAGACAUCGAAGCACAAAAAAUAAGAGAAGACGUUACGAUUCAAAUUUUUAACGAUCCAUUGGCGAAGGAAAUUACCUCGAGCAGCGAGGAUCCGACGUCCUGUUUCGUGCUGAGAGCUCGUAGAAGGCUUCGUACUAGGUUGAAAAGGAAAUCCUGCUCUUCCCCGCGCAAGGACGAUUCCAGCUCGUCUACGUCGAUAGCGAAUACCGAGUCUUGGCCCACAGAGGAACUAGAUGAAGAAGAGGUGGUUCACAUCGAGAUGGACGAUGGCUCCGAGAAGCUACUCUUAAAAGACGACGUUGUCAAAGAGAAGAAACGGAGCCACGUAAGGAGAAUCCUUGCUGCGCUCACGAAAAUUCCUUGGCUGGCAAAGGAAACGAAGAGCGAUAGCGAAUGGCGAACGAGAAAACCGUCUCUCGUAGACAGAAUAGCUCGGAUGCUUCGUGGAGCUCGAUAUGUCUCGCCUGUUCGAACGAAUAUCUAUCGACGAAUCCGUACUACGAAAAAGGAGGCGAAGUGUAAAGAGACUACCUCUGAUUCCACGUCUACCUCCGACGAAGAAAAUGAACGGAGCACGCUCCUGAAGACACACGAUCGGCAAGUAGACUGUUUACCAAUCAUUUCGGACCAUGACGAUUCCGAAGAUAAUAUUUACAACAGAAAUUAUGAUUCACAUCGUGCACGACGCAGGACGAUUUGUCGUCAACCAGACUCACAUGUACGAGCUGACGGUGUAAAGUUGAAAUAUCCUCACGAGAAGGAAUUUGCAACAAAAAAAUUACCGAGGUAUCUGCAGCCGAUUUCAAAGGAUACGGUAUAUUUCGAAGUAGACGAGAUCAAAGACUCGCAAUUAAAGCGGAGAUGCGUUCAUCCAAGAGAGCGUAUUAAUAUUUUAUCAGAUACAUCCUUCGAUAGUCAGGAGACUAAUAAGCGAAAUGUCUCUAGUGAUUUUACUCGCAUUUCCUGCACUUGCACACCACAAACAUUUUGCGAUAUUAAAAAAGACAAUGAAGUUUGUCAAUCGGUUAUGAGUACCAUAACCGAACAUAAUAAGGAAAUAUCUGAAACGAACGGAAUGUCGGAAGCAGGCAACGAAUUACUGACUAUCGAUUGGCAAAAAUCAGGAAAGAAGAGAAGGGAAAUUGUCGCUACGGAAGGAAUAUCAGUAGAUGCUGAGAUAGAUAUUGAGCCAGAUCAAAAGCAAAAAAUUCCAGAAAAAGUUGUAAUUGGAGCUAAUCGGAGAAAAUCAUUAGCGAAAAACGGCGAAGGGAUUGUAGAGUUAAAUGAUAUUGCGGAAGAAAAAGACGGAAAGAGAUAUUCUGUCAAAGAAGGACAAACUGAAAACCUAGAAGUAGCGAGUAAAGACGUGAAAGCAUCAAGAGUAAAUGAAAAAGCUCAGUUGUACGAUCCGUUAGCUAGUUUGCUGCUGUACGGCGUCACGUACCAAGGAAAAGGGCGUGAAAAAUUUGUGGAGAAAAAAUUAACGAAGCAACCGGAAGCAGCGGAGGAAGCAUGUAUAGGCGAUACAGAAAUGGCAAAAUCCACGGAGUUUGAAGAAGACAUUAAAAUGUUGCAGAAAGACGCAGAGAUCAUUGCGCGUGAAAUUAGAGGAUCUACGAAAAUACCCGAGAAGAGUAUCCAAACGAAUCUGCAAAAAUUUAAAAAAUACAAGAAAAGUGCAAAGACACCGCAUACUGAUGCCAAAAUUUUCAAAGCUUGCUUAAAAGAAAAAAAGGACCAGAGAGACGAGAAAGGACGAAAAAGCUGGAUCGAUAAAUUCAAAUAUUAUAAGGAAAGUGAAUCUGAUAGUAGUUCACCAAGACAAGAACGAACUUGUGACAAGGCAACGUUAAUUAAAGAGAAGCAAUAUAACAGAAGAAGAAAGCGAAGAAAAACUUGUGAUCGCGAUGUGCAAACUCAAAGACAAUCCAGUACGCGACACGCAGAAGAAUUUUUCCGUACAAAUCGAGCAGAAAGACAUUCCGAUGUUCAAAGACAUGGAAGAAUCGCUUCCACGUUUGGAUCAGCCACUGAAUUAAGGAAAGAUCGUCAAAUUCAGUGUAAUAUUCGCGAUAUGAGAAAUGUUCGAGGAAGGCAGGGUGGUGCUUGUGUUUCAAAGUUUACAAACGAGCCAGAAGUUUGGUCUUGUAAUGUUCAACCGCAAUUUAGGACACCUGACCAAAUAAUCCACUGUCAAGAUUAUAAUGAUUGGAAUCAACGGAAAUUUUUGCUUCCAUGUAACGUUGCACACGAACCUUACAGAUAUUGCAAACAAGCUAAAAAUACUUAUGCAGAUGAAGCUUCACGUUAUGUUCCAAGUUGUGCAGAAGUUUGUUCAUCAGAGCUAGCAAAAAUAAGUUCAUUACCAGAGAAAUCACAGCAAACGAGAAAGACAAAAUACGAUGUUAAUGUCCGCGAAACCAGAUUGGAGACACCUAUGUUGAAAAAAUAUCUACCGCCGUAUCAAACACCGGGAUUAAUAGAAGAAUUGAAGGAACACGAUAGGAUGAGAUUAAUUCAGGAACGCGAAGCUAGAAGAUGGACGACUUUGAACGCUCUUCGAAGCAUGAAGGAUUCAUUAAGCGCUAAAUCAAGAGAUCCUGUAUCCUAUGAUACAUCCAUUACAUGCGGUGCUCAUGAAUCAGUCAGCAGAUUAACUUCAGUCUCUACAAAGCUAAACGAGGGGAAUAACCUUCCUUAUCAAGAAACGCAAAUCUUUAAAGAUGUGAUGUGUGAGUUUCGGAAGAAGGUGACGGAAACCGAAAGGCCUCUAAUAUCACUAUUCCAGCGCGUAGACAAACGUAAAGAAUUAAAACAAUUGUUUCCACCUACAAAAGAUCGUAGAGGAAUUAUGUCAAAGUGUAACAAAGCUGUUAAUUGGCUUAAGCCAAUGCAUGAGAAAUACGAAGAAGAGUGCAGUAUAAUCCACAAAGCAAAACAAAGAUUUCAAAGUGAAUCGUUUAGCGAAAUGUCAUCGAUUUGUAAUUAUCCUGGCAAACAUCAUCGAUCUGGUGUUUCGACUUCAGCCGAUGAGACCACGGAUAAUAAUGAUGAUGUCCUAUAA